AGUUCUCAGCAGUCGCUUCAUUGAAUCGCACGUAGAAAUUUUUUUCUUCAAUUCUGCUUCGCGAGGUACCUUUCCCGAUUUUCGUUUUUUGGAGAAAAGCUGUUUUUGAAAAGUAAACUUUUGAAAUCAAUAUAAAUAUUCUAAAAAUGGUGUAAUUGUGAGAAAAGUCCAAAAUGAAUUUUGAAAGAUUCAUGAAGAAACUUGUGAAGAAAGAAGUGAAAAAAAAUAUACGCACACAUACAAACAUUAAAAUUGAAAUUACACAUUGAGUUUUGGAUUGAAUGGUGAAAAAAAAAUGGAAAUUAAGACCAUAGGAAACCAGUACAGUCAAUAUGGCUCUUCGACCUUCUACAAGGGACUUCGUUUGACGAUACCGUCAACUGUGAAAACAGAAGUCAUCAAUAAUAAUAAUAAAUGUUUAAACCAAGCAAGCGCUAAAGACAGUUGUGAAGAUGAAAAAAAAUCUGAAAACGAAAGAAGUAUUACCAACAAUUGUAAGACAUUCAUUAUUGCUAUGGGCGAUUGCAUACCUGUUCGACCGUGGGCCGAUUCUCCAAUUGAAUGCCUUGCAGAAGUUCGAAUGAUAUGGAGAGAUAAAACUGAACAAUCACUUUUGCUAAGCUUAAGGCUUUUCUUUUUACCGGAAAACACUCCAAAAGGAAGAAAUAAUCAUGGCGAGGACGAAGUUGUUGCUGUUAAAGAUUUGGAAUCACCUAGAGGACGAAUAGUAAUUCGUGCUGAAGAUUUCACCUCAUGGGUCGUUGAAGAUUUGCAAUGGAAUUGGGGCCUUACAGCAAGUUUUCAUGAUAAGUCAUCAACAAAGCUUACUUCUUCUUCUAAUGGCAUACCUGUUACGUCACUUCUAUCAAACUCCAAACUAGACUUUAGUGAAGUGGAAAAAGAAAAGGAAAUAGUCGACAAUUUGCAUUCCAACGUGACUAUUUUGAGUUAUUCGAGAUAUUGCAGAUAUCGUGCGACACUUAAACGUUUAGAACACAUAGAAGAUAAUCAGAUUCGAAUUAAAUUGAUAGAAACAUUAAGCGGAUUUGUUGCUUCUCAACCUAAUACUCGAAUAAUGUUUGCUAAGGAGACAAUUGAUUAUCCGGAUUUGGAAUCACAUGAAAUGCUUUGUCCACAUCUUGCGCCAAAACUUAAAGGAAGACCACGAGGUCGUCGAUUGAAAAUUACCAGUAGAGUAUCCGAGUGUUCAUCUCCAGCUCCAUCUUCUGAAUUCUCUGUAGACAGUGGCGAAACAAACGAUUCAGAUGUGUUUGAUGGAAAACAUUUGAUGAAAAAUAAAGAUAAUCAGAAAAUGAGUCAACGAUUGACUCGAAACAAGAGAAAAUCGGAAUCAAUUCAGACAGAAAUUUACACGACAUUGUCAACUGGACGUGUUUCUAAGCAACGUUUACCUUUAUCGCCACUUAAAUCUGUUACCAAUAAAAGAAAAAAGAAAUCAAACGAAUCAGAUGAUGAACCAGAUUCGUCAUCCUCUGAGGAUAAUAAUGAAGACGAAGAUUAUGAUGACAAAUAUGUCAAUCGUAAAAUGAAACAAGAAUCGGGAUCGAAAAGAAAAGUUUCACUUAAAGAUGAUGAGAAUGGAAAUGAGCGAAACAGCGUUUCCAUUAUGAAUCUUAUACCAGCACUACAGAUCCCAAUAGAUGCAUACAAGAGUCCCGAAGAACUUGACUUUUUGAUUCGAUUAAACAACUUUAUGACCGAGAGAGCUCAAUCAUAUCCAAAAUUGGUGUGGAGUUUAAGAGAUGUCAACUUAUUUACAAUUUACACUCGAGUACAAAAACUUGGAGGAUUUGACGCAAUUGCUGAUAAUCGAGUGUGGAAGAAUCUGUUCGAAGAUCUUUCUGAACCUGGAAAGUGCAUUACUCAAGGCAUGACCAAACGAAAAUACGAAAGAAUUCUCUUGCCUUUUGAACGUUUCGAACGUGAGCUCAGAGAAAAUGGGAAAUAUAAAUCUGAACUUACAAUUUCAACGAUUCCAAAAGGGAAAGUUAACCAUCGAGAGUCUCAAUUUAAUCGCAAUCAAAAUAAACGCCCACGCUCAUCAUCGCCUGCAAUAGAAAUAAUUCCUUUGAAAAAUGGCUCAUCUGAUCAUUCGGAACUUACUUUUGAACAAAUCAAUGAAAUACAAAACAUUAUUAAACCAAAAGAUUACGAAAAUCAGCAUUUCUACAAUGGUCACAGUAAUGAUGGUGUCUCCGUUCCUGUUCAUGUGAUUGUUCGGCCAACAACAAGUACAUCAAUCGCUGAAAAGAUUGCAAACCGAAAACGUGGUUUUGAGAAUCAAAACAAUUCAUAUUCCUUUACAAACAACAAUCAACAAAAACCUAAAGAGAAAGAAAAUAUUCCUAUGAUGCCGUCAAGUACAACAAUCGUUCCAUUAAAAAGUGACGGUUUUCCAACCUUCUCUCCAACAAACGUCGUUGAGUUAAUCGACAGUGACGACGAAAGUAAUUGUCGCAAAGGAAAUCAAAAUAUGAAGAAGCGCAAGUUGGAUAUUUUGAGAGAAGGAGGAUUAGAAGUCACACCAAUAAGUCGUCGAGCUCAAGACUUUCUUAUGACUUAUCCCCAUCACAAUCCAGGUCGUUCAAAUACAAACAACAUGCAGCCAAAUGUCAGCUUAAUGUCACUCUCGCCAGCACGAGCACCUCCGGUAAUUCAAAGCUUCAAUAUGUAUCAGUCAACAAGUCAAGUGUUCAAAAAUCCAAAAGAAGAUGUCAUAAAUGCAACGAGAAGCUCGAAAUUGAGUUGCUUGGAUCUUACAAGUAAAACAUCAAACGAACAGCAACAUUCAUACCCGCAAUCUUCUGACAUGUUUCGUGAUGUUCGCAAGAAUUUGCUGUCAAUUGAAGAAGUUCAGAAAAAUUAUCGCGGUUCGAAUCCUGAUCUACAAAUUACUCUCGUAAAACCGAAUCCAGACAGUUCAGUUAGCAAUAAUAAUAACAAUAACAAUAAUAAUAGUAAUCAGAAAGUUGUUCAUCAAACUGGUUUUAAUAGACCAUCGACAAAGAAACUUAAAAAAGUGCCAUCACAAACACUUCCACCUGGUAUUCCACCAAUAAAUCCAGUCAUUAUUGCAGCAGCAAAUGAACUACAAAAACUUCAACAGCGACAGAACAUGCCACCGUUGUUUCCUUUUCUAUCGGGAUUAGACAUCACACCGUUACAACAAUCAACUUCCUCAAGAAUGCCAAAACCAUCGACGUCAUCACCAUCAUCUGAACAUAUAGACAAUGCGUUGUCAUAUUUGUCAGCACUUUAUUCAAAUCCACUAUUGCAGGGAAGCAACAUUUUGUCACCAGCUGCUGAAUUCUUGAAGCUUUACACAAGCUCAACCUCAGCUAAUCGAGUUCCAUCAAGUAAAAACUAAAAGUUUCAUUGAUUCAUCACUCAAAUAAAAAAUUUGCUAACGUACUUAGUUGCUGUUCAUUCCAAUCUUGUCAAGUCAUUUGCGGAUUUUCGUUUCUUUCAAAUUAUUUUAAUUUACGCUCGCUGGAAGUCUUCAAAAUUUAUUUACUUGUUAUUGCUUUGCUUAAUUCUGUUUUUUCUUUUUCUUCUUUUUUCUUACGAAAACAGCAAAAAUAUGUUUCGUAAUAUAUGUACGUAAAUAUUUUCAGAUAAGCUCUCUGAAAUUAUUGUUGCAAUUCAAGUGUGAUUUUCUCUUACAUUAAUUAGUUAUUAAAAUUAGUUAUCAAACAUUUGAAAUAACACUAAGCCCCUCUCAUGAAUAAGUAUGAUAAUUUUAGAAGUAAAAUUGCCAGAAGAACAUGUAAAAUCUUUUUUUACAAUAAUAUAAUUCAUUCAUUAAUAUGUGAAAAAUAUGAAAUGAAAUAAAAAAGAAUUUCACAAGAGA